UUUUCGAUUUUCGACGUGCCCCCGAACAACAUCAUCGAAGGUCAAACACAACAAUUUCUUCCCCCCUAUUUUGAAUAAACAAUCUGAAGUCGAACACCCGCCUUGUUGUGUUCGAUCGUCAUCGAUCGAAUCAUCGAAAAUCCCACCGUGAAGCGUCUGAAAAUAUUCCAUCUACCACCUACUGAGCUCGUACGGUUCCACUGACCAUUGAGGUUUGAGAUUGCUGCCGCGGACAGUUUUCUACUUCUACAAAAAUAAGUACCACUAUCACACGCACACGACAAUCGUCUCGAGAACAAUGUCGAACGUCACCGUGAUCGGCCUCGGGGCCAUGGGAGGAGGAAUGGCACGGUCGCUGUUGCGAUCCGACGCCGUGGCGAGUGUUUCCGGUUUCGAUCUCAACCCGGAACUCGUUUCCGGCUUUCACGGGGAAGCCAAGCAGGCCGGAAAGGCGGUCGGGGACGAACCACCGGAAUCGUUGACGCUGGACAAAUUCGUGGAUGCCGAAACGACGGACGUCGCCCUGAUCGUCCUGGUGAACGAGGCGCAGUGCCAAUCGGUCUGUUUCGACGGAGAAAACGGCCGCAACCUCCGGUCCUUGAUGCGUCCGGGAUCGACGGUCAUCGUUUCUUCGACCGUGACCCCUGCCUGGAGCAAGCGGGCGUCUUCCGGGUUUGCGGAAGCCGGCAUCCGCUUCCUGGACUGCCCCAUAUCCGGCGGCCCCGUCCGGGCCCUAGCGGGAGAAAUCACGAUGAUGUGCUCGGGAGACCCCGAGGACCUGAACGACGCGGACCCUCUCUUCCGAGCCAUGGGAACCGAGAUCCACGUCGUGAAGGGAGGAGUGGGGAUGGGGUCGACCGUCAAGAUGGUGCACCAGCUCCUCGCGGGGGUGCACAUUGCCGUCGCCGCGGAAGCUCUGGCCCUGGCAGCCAAGGCGGGCCUCGACGUCCGGCAGCUCUACGACAUCGUGCGGGGGGCCGCCGGAAACAGCUGGAUGUUUGGCGACCGGGGGAAGCGCAUGAUCGAAUACACCGGCAAGGACGACGAGAAGGUCAUGAGCUCGCUGGCGAUCUUCAUCAAGGACAUGGACAUUGUGUACAGCAGCGCAAAAGCGCUCAAGUGCCCGGUCCCCAUCGCCACGGCGGCCCUCCAGCAAUACAUCGGGGGUUCCGGACUGGGACUGGACCGGAAGGACGAUUCCCAGGUGGUCCGGGCCUACGAAGCGCUGUCCGGGGUCUCCGUAUCGGCCUCCGCGUCGGCGUUCGCGUCGGCCUCCGCGUCGAAAUCGGAGACGCCCGCGGCCCCUCCUCCUCCCGAUGGAGAAGCCUCCGGAACCGGGGCCGAAACCGAGGCCGGAACCUCCUGGACCCUCCCGGACGGAACCGAGGAAGCCAUUGUGGACUGCUGCGAGGAACCCCACCACCGCCCCAUCCUCUCCAACGGCUUUGUCCGGGUCCUCGAGGCCAGGAUCCCCCCCGGCGACACCACGGUGGCCCACCGCCACUCGAGGCCCUCCCUGUACAUCUUUUUGUCCGAGCACGGGGCCGACCUGGAGAACCACGUCCUCGGCUCCCCCGGGCCGGUGGCCGACCGGGUCGGCUUCGGGGAGGUCCGGUACGGUGCCCACAGCGAGACGGACCCGCUGGUGCACAAGCUGGCCAACCAGGGGAGCAGCCCUUCCGAGAUGGUCUGCCUCGACGCGGAGGUCCUCUCGGCGGCCCCGGUGGUCCGGUCCGAGCCCCUGGCGGAGGCCCGCCACGAGCUGGUGGCCUCGCACCCGGGCUGCCGGGUCUACCGCCUGGUCCUCCGGCCGGGGGAGUCCGCGGAAGUCGGCUACCCCUUCUUUUCCCUGGGCGUGGUGAUGAAGGGAUCGACGGCAAGGACCGCCAUCGGGGGUGUGUCCUGGGAGGAAGCCCGCCGCACGGGACGGGCGGAGUGGAAGGCCCCCUCGGCGGGGGAACGGCUCUCCAACACGGGCGACACCGUGUACGAGCAAUACGUGGUGGAAUGGUGCUAGCCCGGGCAGGAACGGAACGGGACGGGACGGGCGAGCCGUGCAAGAACCCGCAGGCACCACCGUGCGUGGGCAUCGGGACCCGCGGAGCGGCGCCAUCGCACCGGCGGUCGAAUGCCCGGCCCAACCUCCGGAGACCACCGGCUUGGCCCUAGCAGCCCAACACGCUGCAGUCCUGCGGAGAGAACUAUCGUAUGGAGUACAAUACUAGGGCUAGCGAGUGCGACCGCAUCGCACCAUAGGAAUACUAUUGCAGCAAUAGUAGUAGUAGUCGUAGCAGUAGUCGUAGCAGUAGUCGUAGCAGUAGUAGUAGCAGUAAGUACUUCUAGAACAGUGUUGUGCGAUCGACAAUGGGUUGCAGUUCUGGUGUGGGAUGCCAUAUCGGAUAUCGGUGUGAAGUUUGAUCGUUUGAACGUCAUUUACAU